AUGGGCGAGCAUCGGAUGGGAGACGGAUACCCGCAGAUGGGUUUAGGAUGGGUCGGAUGGAUGUGGGAUAUUAUCUGGUUUUGUCAGGAGCGCCAGUAUCACGAUUCGUUUUCUGUGCUCAGGGAGGCACUUGUUAGCAGUACUGUGGCCAGGCUAUCGGACACCAACCUGAGGGACAUAGCCCAUGUUAUGCAGGACAGGGGCACCAAAUCCCUGUGCGAGGAAACUCGUGCCAACAUCGAGGAGGGGAAGAAGUUUGUGGAGAAUUACCUUGUUGAGCAUCAUGACAUCCCCGAAGAUGAUGCUCGAGUGGUGACAACAAAGUGGUAUGAUGAGGUUGUUGAAUGUCGUCUCUACUCCAGAAACAAUGGUCGUGAAUUCGAUAAGCUGUUGCUGCAAGGAGGUAUGAUGAGUUGGUGGGAAACCAGAUACUGCCCUGCUUUGCUUGGGGGUGACAAGCUUAGGGAGAAAGAUGUGGUCAAAUUUUUUAACAAUACUGGUGUUGCCAUGGGUAAGAUGAUUGUUGAGGUUCAGGGCUAUGACAUGGUCGAAACGCUCAGUAAGGAUGAACGGGAGUGGCGCGACACUAGCACCACGCUUGUCUUCCCCUUGAGUGGUGCCAACAUCACAUCUCGCCAUGGGUCCAGGUCUUGCAAGCCCAACACUGUCUUGAUGAAGCAGGCACCUCACACGGACACCUUUCAGUGGGCCAACUUCAUCUCUGUGAUGGAAAUCAAGUACCGUGAUAACUCGAAGCUCAACAGCAAUAUGAUCAGCUACAUGGGUGAAAUUGCACGUCUUGUUCUGACCAACCAAAUCAAUCGACAAUACUUCGUGGGUUUGAACUUGUUGGGUUCUAAUCUCUCCAUCUGCGUGCACACCCGUGGAGGAUCGAGCAUCACUGAGCCCAUUGACAUCUAUCGGGAUGUUGAGAAGUACUUGAAAAUCAUCGCUUGGUUCAAGUACACAGAUUUGGAACUUUUGGGUUACAAUAUGUCCAUCUCGGAAAAGCCUGGGGGCAGUGUGGGGAACGUCCCCACUGUAGGCCCGUAUCCCAUAUAA